AUGGCAGGUGCAAAGUGCCUUCUGAAAACGCCGAGUAACUUCCAGUCGUCUGCCAUGUUUGAAGGCUCAGAGUCUGUCGAGGUGGAGGGAGGCAGCACAGACAGCACAGUGGCCUCGUCCAUCAGCGCCUGUAAGAAGGUGCUGUGCAGUAACACUGUGCUGGACUCGUCCGAGUACUGGCUGAGGAAUGAGAAAGCUCUGUGCAGACUGGGCCUGCUGGAUGACGACACGGAGGGCAGCUGCACCAUGAUCUGUUUUGUAAAUCUGGAUCCUCAGAAAACGGACUGUCGGGAUGACAAAAGCAUCAAGAAACUGGCAUCAGUGUCUCCAGAUCUGCCAAAGCUUGUUGAAUUACUCACUGUCCACCAACCGAAAGAAAAUGAGAUCCUACUGCUCGGUGGCCUAGAAGCCUCAGACGUCUGCCAAACACACCCACACUCCCCCUCUCAGGGCGGGCAGCAGAGAAGCACAGGCGUGUGCCUGGUUCAGUGUUCAGGGCAGAGACGCUCCUCCCAACCCGGCAGCAUCAUCUUUGAGAUCAACAAGUUCCUGAUCGGUUUGCAGUGGGGAAAGGAGCGACAGCAUCAGCAGGGCCGAGCAGCAGGGCAGCGAAUCGAGGACGACACCAAUCGCUCCAUCUCAUCUAUAGAAGAAGACUUCCUGACUGCUUCAGAACACCUUGGAGAUGACAGCGAGGAUGAUGGCCUCAGAAAUGAGCCAGAGAGUGGUGAUCUGGCAGAGAGCUUGGUAGAGGUUGCACAGAAACACUGUGUCAGACUUGCAUGUCAGAGGGGACAGCUGGCCCAUCAUCAGAGCAGGGAGGAUGCCGAGGUGAAAAGGGAUCAACGAGCAAACCUCCAUACUAAAGAAUCCGCUGGUCACUACGCCACCAAUCUGGCCGAGUCAGUUCUGCAAGAUGCCUUCAUACGCCUCUCUCAAGAUGAAACCUCCUUUGUCUCUGAGGCUGCUGUCAGUGUAUCCCUAGCAAGUUGUCCGUCCAGCUCCACUGGUCCUUCAAAGACCAAAGAGCCUUCCCAGCAGCGCACCUGCUCUUUUGAACUACCCAAGAUCGUUAUAGUUCAAAGCCCAGACAGCUCUGAUGGAGCUGCAGAAUGGCCCGAGACCCAGGUGUCUCAUGUGCCUGACCAGGAUAUCACGGCCAAAGCCAGAGAGAUGCCAGAAAAUGGGGCGCAGGCUCACGUUCCCCACCACAGUGGAGGACACUCACCCAAACAUGUAGAGGUGGCUUUGGCCUGUGCUGCCAGUGUCAUUGGCACCAUUACUAGUCCACAGCUGACAGAACAACUUGCCAUGGAAUCUGCUUCAGAAGAGGACACAGAGGAGGAGCUGCAGGACCCAGAGGAGACAGGUGACUACUCCCUCUCCUCAGCCAUGUGUACCAUGGCUCAGGUAGCUGGAGCUGUAGCUGCAGUGGAGAUAACAGAGGAGUCAGGGGAGGGCGGUGAGUCUGAUGCGGAUUCUGCUGAAGUCUACACAGCAUCCCAGGGUCUGAUGUCUGCUGCCGAGGCCUCUGCCGCCUUCACGCUGCACUGCAGUGUGGCAGAGGGUACCAGCGUUGAAGCGUUUCGAGCCAACAUUGCUGAGGUCCUACACAGGGAAGCAGCGGAGGUGCUGACUCAGCCACAAGGCUACAGAAGUGUAGCUCACUUGCUGGAGGCCACACAUAACAAGAUAGUAGAUGGUAUUACUUGUCCAAAAAAAUCCUACAUGGAUGAAAGAGAGGUGGAUGACUUAAUAAACGAGGUUGCAGACAGCCUAUUUAGGCAUGCUUUAGAGAAAGCAAAAAAGAAAAAAGAACUGGAGGGGACUGGAAAAGAUGCACCAAGCCUCCAGGUCUGUCUGCAGGACAGUGUAAACAAUUUGUUGUUUGAUAUCCUUUGCCUGACACAGAAGAAAAUUAGUCACAUAUCUAGACAUGACCAAGGGUCAGUUGAGACCCACGAGGGCGAUACUUGUGCUAAGGAUCCUGCUUCCACCAAGGAGAGCAAGGAGCCAUUACAAUGCUUAGCUGGCCAUAGCCAGCCCACUAAUAGUGACAACCACAGUGGUACAGUGCACUGCACAGAUAAGCUUACCAUAGUUCCUGGGCUGAAGGAGAAAUACGUGCUUGAGGAAAGUGAUAUCUAUGCAUCUUCCUCCCCAGCACACAGCACAGAGAAACAGCAGCAGUCAUCAUGCAGACAAAUUCAGUCUAAAUCCACCUUCUUGCCUGCUAAGGACUUCUCUGACCACCAGCAGAUCCAGCAGGGCGGCGGUGGCAUCAGAGAACCUUUUAGUGAAAUCCCAGUUCACAGCACAGAGAAAAGAGGACGACUAGUGACAGGAAGUGACAGCAGACAGGCCUCCCUCACCCCCCAGUCAUCCCUCAACUCUUGCAGUUCUCUGCUCUCCUUGAGAAUGGACUCAGAAUCCAGGACACCUAUUACCUGCUACGCUGAUGAUUUAGCUGCUACAGUGGUGUCUAUGGCCACAGAACUAGCGGCCAUCUGCCUGGAAAACUCCACCGGGAAACAACCCUGGUUCUGUGCCCUAAAAGGGACGUCUAAUGAAGGGCCAGAAUCCUACUUGAUUCCUGCUUGCCGCACAGUGCUGAGGAGGAAAGAGGGUCAGAGCAGCAACGCCGCCUCGAAGAAACAUCGGGCACCGCGUCUCAGUGAGAUCAAGAGAAAAACUGAAGAGCAACCAGAACUGAUGGAGCGGCUUGUGAACCGGGUGGUGGAUGAGUCAGUCAACCCCGAUGAACCGCAGGACCCAUUUGCCCUCUUCGCCUCAGAAGUCACAGCCAGGAUCAUGAACUGCCCUGAACUUAAUGUGGUAGAUACUUCCAAAACAGGCCAGCCACGCAGCAGGUUGCAGUGCGAGAGGUGGAGCCGUGGGAAGGCAUCUAGUUAUGAGAGCAUUCCAGAAGAAGAUGCAGACCCCUCGGGCACGCCCAACACCCUGGGACCUGGCAGUCGGUUAGGUCAGAACUUGAGUCGUGGUAGCUCAAUCUCUAAGCAGUCCAGCUGUGAGAGCAUCACAGAUGAGUUCUCACGGUUCAUGGUAAACCAGAUGGAGACUGAAGGCAGAGGCUUUGACCUUCUGCUGGACUACUACGCAGGGAAAAAUGCCAGCAGCAUUCUGGCUGCAGCUGUGCAACAGGCUGCAUCAAAGAAAAACGGUCACCUUAAUGUCAGGGCUUCAUCCUGCCUGUCCAAACAGUCUAGCACAGAGAGCAUCACAGAGGAGUUCUACAGGUUUAUGCUUCGGGACAUGGAUAAGGAAAACAAAGAAUAUGGAAUUGCCAAGACUAAAGAAUGGAGCAACAGCCUAUUUCCCCCAUCUCCUAGGACACCCUUCUGCAUAAGACAGUCUUCUGUCCCAGACCGGCGCUCCUCAGACUCACGGCUGACUGUCAACUCACCUAUUAAAGCCAACUCUUUUGACGGAUUUGCCCGCAAUGUGCAUGGAGACACACUGAAUAUCUACCCCACCAAUUCAGUGUCAGCCAUGGGACUGUGUAAGUCAGACUCCUGCCUCUAUCAAAGGGGUAAGACUGACCAGAUUACUGAUAUGCUGAUUCAUGAGACCUGGUCGAGCUCCAUUGAGUCCUUGAUGAGAAAGAACAAAAUCAUUGCUGAUCCAGAGGACAGCAUUGAGCUGGAAGCUGCAGGAGACUCCCAGCCCCAUGUGCAGCAGUUUGCCAAUCGCCUGGCAGCUGAUAUAGUAGAUAUUGGCAAGUCUGCACUUGGGGGCCAGCAAGAUGUAGCUGGGGGCAUGCCUGGGUCACACCCUCGACCACACAUGCCUGUUGGUGAAAGAAGGAGGGGGUUUAAACAAUCUCACCUAAGUUGUAGUCGGAGUAGGUCUAGCCAGGAGCAAACUGCUUCUGGAGUAGGGUCCGGGGCUAAUGACAGCUGUGCACCCCGCAUGAGGGGCACCAGAGAUGUACCACUGAUCCACAUUGAGGGAGAUCAGAAGGAUGAAGAGAUGCUUAUAAACGCUGGAAGGCCAGGAGGAGGACCUCAGGAAACCCCCUCAGACAUGUCAGCUACCAAGCGUACGGAUAGAGCUGCAGCCAACGGAAGCAGCAGUGAGAGGGACAGGCCAGCUGUGGCGGUGGCUGCAGUAGUGAAGAGGGACAAGCGUUCUAUGAGUGCUAGCAGUGAAGAGAGCAUGGGGAGCUGGUCCCAUAUAACCCCCGAGGAUGACCCCCACGAGGAGACCAGUAGUUUUAUCCAGCUGAGCGAGGGGAACGGGACCAGCAGCGCAUCCAGCCUUGGCCUGGCAGACCUGGAUGCUUUUUCUGAUGUGCCCACUCAGAGCACAGUAAUCAGUGAGGAGACAGAGAAAGGCCAUCUGGCAGGAACCAAGGAGAAUGUAUUUGAGAGCAGCUCAGUGAGGACAGCAGGUGGCGGUAGCAACCUCAGGGAGCUGUUGGUGGUAAACUGCGACCUCGAGCCAGAGUGCGUGGACUCAGAGCUGAGGGUGGCCCUACAGUGGAUUGCUGCGUCCGAGCUGGGUCUUCCUGCGCUCUACUUUAUGAAGUCCAAAGAGAAGAGGGUUGCAAAGUUCCAGAGGGUGGUCCAUCUCAUGUCUCAGAAAGCAUGGCGGAUUGCGGACUUGUUCAGCGCUGUGGUUCAGUUCUGUAAGCUACACGAGAAAGAGGAACAGGAGGGCAGGUCUCUGUCCAGCCUGUUUGAUUGGCUUUUGGAGACCCUGUAG